AUGACCGCCCGAGGAAAAAAUGUCAAGCUCCAGACUCUGGCAACGGAGGACGAGAUUUUUGUAUACGACAGACACUUGGUCAGUGACUCCAGCCCCGUCGAGCUUCCCGAUAUCCCUCAGCCGCCGCCCUUCAAGCCCAACAACCCUCCAGACACUCUGGCAGACCAAAACGACCUCCAGUCAUGGCGUAACCUCUACAUGGCCCGAAAAGCAUGGGCAUUAGCUUUAGCAGAGGAAUGCGUUCCCGUGAACCAAACUCUUCAACAGCACAACGAGCACAUCGAUAUCAUCCACCGCGGUGUUAGCGUCGCUCUUGAGAACCUCAAAUCCCAUGUCGCUAGUCUGCAAAGCAAAUUUCAGGAAGCACAGACCUGGGCGGAUGAUCUUCUCAAGGAACAAAAAUCUGCUUUGGACGGAUGGCAAACUGCUCUGGACAAAUUAAGGGAUAUACCAGCGAGGAAGGAUAUAUCAUUUAUCGGACGCCCCUCAACACCAAAGAAGGGAAUCAAAGACAGAUCAAAUGGGACACUGCAAGAUUUCCUUGACGUGGAAGAAGUGCGACGCUCUGCAUCAAAAGGUGCAGCUGUCUCUCAGGGUUUCUCGCGCCGUAUGAACGAUGUUCGCACAGCUGUUAGCGGCGUCUCCUCUGACACUCAAGCCUUGGUACAACAAGCCCAGCCUCCGCUGAUAGACGGGGGUCACGGUUUGCUGGAGGAAGUGGAAACCUUGGCUAAGAAAGUUAGCUCUGACUACGAGCACGUACUUGGCCUACCUAGCAAUCAAAAAAGUCUGGCGAAUAUAUCUAGGAUGGCUCUGGGACAUACCAAAGAUCUACUGCCAUCUCUUCGGGAAAUCAGUCUCGAGUUGCACACUGCAGUCGAGCAGGCUGCUCAGCACCGGGCGGCUGCGAUGAAAGCUGCUGUCAUUCAUAUGAGAACUGUAUCCUCAUUGGAAUCGCGUCUAGCAGAAGUCCAAAGUCAGAUCGCGAAAUUGGACGUCGAUGCGGAAGUUUUUGACAUUCUAUAUGGGAUAUUCCAUUUGCCACUGGUUUACGGUUCGGUGCUUGUCGAGGCCGUUCGGCGACGUGAAUGGAGCGAAAAGCUGAAAACCGACUCGCUCACACUAGCUGAAGAGAUAGCUGUCUUCCGGGACGAAGAACAGCGUCGUCGGAAGAAAUGGCUCAAGUCAACUGGGGAGCUUGUAGCGCUUCCCGAUGACGCGACACCUGGCUUGGAGAUUAGCCUGCAGGGCCAAGGUCCGGAAUGGCCUGAAGUGCACCGGAAAGAAAUCGAGAACUAUAUUGAUUCCCUCAAGACAAGAAAUGAUAUGACUGCUAUAGUCGAAGAAUUAUCUCAACUGUAUGCAGAUCUUGAUAAGCCCACUCGACAGCAGAAACGGCGAGCAAAAGCUUUCAAACAAGGAAGUUUUGUCGAUAUGGGUCGCAGCUCACUACUCAUCCGAGGUGAUGAUAUGGUCCGCAGUCUACGAGAUGAAAAAUUCAAACUAGAAGAGAAAGUCAAAAGCUCAGAUAGUCGUAUUCGUAAGUUGGAGGACCUUCUUCAUCGCCAAAGCCAUAUAACGAGGCCUUUGAGUGGAAAUUUCAGCACUGAUUUUCCCGCCUCUCCGGCUUCUCCUCACCCUGAUGCACUGUCAAGACGCUCGUCUAUAUCGUCGAGACGUCUAUCAUCUAAUCAAACAGCCGAGGACAAACAUCUAGUGCAGCGGGUUUUGAGCCUCGAGGCAGAUCUUGCCGCUGAGAAAGAAACCGUUCAGCGACUGCAAAGGGAAGCCCGUGCAGAGCGCCAGACUUCUACAGAUAAAAUGCAAGAAGUCCAGUCAACAAAGGAAGAUCUAAUUAAGAAUCUCGAGUCAAGACAAAAGGAAUUCGAGGACGAGCGUAGGUUCCUAGAGACCGAUGCAAAACAGCUACGACACCGAAUUGAGGAACUUGAAGAAGAACUUUUCAACGUCCUUGAUCGCGAUCAUGAAAGGCAGGAGAUAGAAAAGCGUGUACAGACGUUAGAAGAGCAACUCCUGACAACUGAAGCCAAUGCCGCUAAGGAGCUAGAGAGCGCUCAAACGCACAUUGAGGCUUUGCGGCGAGAAUGCUCUCAAGAAAAGCAACGAGCGGAUGAAAUGGAUCGGACCAUCGCUAACGACAAAGAACGACUGUCUAAACAGGAAGCAAACAUCUCCGAACUACAGGCACAGCUUGAUUCCUUGAAUGGUCAGAAUGUGGAGAACCUGAAUACCUUGCAAGCAACGCAUGCUAUUCUUUCUCCAGAAGGCGCAAUGCCGUCUGACUUUGCGUCUUUAGUCAAAGCCAUUGAAAUUUUGGCCGAGGGUCUUACGAUCCAUGCCAGAAAAUCAGAAAACCUGCAUGGAGCUCUGCUUCAGGAAAAGAAAGAAGUGGAAGACAAACUAAGUCUUCAGCAAUCCGAAGCUGCCCGGUCACGCGAACUGCUGGAUAGUCACAGCGCAGAAAUAUCAAGAUUGCGAGCGGAGCUGAUUCAAGAACAGUCUCAAGUGUCAGUCUUGAAAAGCGAGCUCGGUGAUGAGCGAAGCCAACUUCACCACCUGAGAUCCAAGUUUUCCGCUGGGGAGACGGGGUCUGAAGUUCUUCGCGAGCGCUUGGUAGAAGAAGAGUGCAAGGUUUCGUCUCUAUCACAGAAAUUAGUCCAGUUGAAUGCACAAGCACACGCAGCAGAAGAGGAAGUCAAGGAAGUUCGCGAGAAGCUCACACUCGCACAAGAUUCUGAGAAGCAGGCCAUCGAUCUCUUGAGUGCACGCGGGAGCAGAGCUCAGGAAAUUUCGCAGAAACUCUUUACGCAGGCCGAGAAAAUGGGACGUAUGCUAGAGCAACUUGGAUUUGCAAUAGUCCAAAAAGAUGACCAGCUCACGUUACAGAGAGCGUCGAAAGUCAACAGCGCAUCUGCAUCGGGAGAACUGCUAUCAACAUCCAUUGUAGCCUCUCUUCGCCCAGAUCCAACUUUGUGCGCUUGGGUACAGAAUGAGGCAACCAGUGAAGACGUGCGGUUCAGAGAGUUUAUGGAUUCAAUGGCGAGGUUUGAUGUCGACCUAUUCAGUGAAUCCGUGGUGAAGAGGGAGAAGGACAUUGAAGUCCUGGCACGGAAGUGGCAAAAGGAAGCGCGAGGCUACCGCGACAAAUACCAUCGUACACAAAGCGAAGCGCACGAUAAGAUCGCCUACCGCUCCUUCAAAGAAGGUGACCUUGCACUGUUUCUGCCAACUCGCAACCAGGCCAUUCGGUCUUGGGCUGCAUUCAAUGUUGGCGCGCCACAUUAUUUCCUCCGGGAGCAAGACGUUCAUAAACUCUCAACUAGAGAUUGGUUACUAGCCCGUAUUGGCAAAAUCGAAGAGCGGGUGGUUGAUCUUUCUAGAUCUAUGAAUGGUGCUAGUCAAGAUCGUCGUUCAAUCACAAGCGAUGGAACUUCUUACGAUGAUGAAAACCCGUUCGAGCUAUCCGACGGUCUGCGAUGGUACCUUUUGGAUGCGACGGAGGAAAAGCCAGGUGCUCCCAGCACCCCAGGCCUAGGGAAAAGCACGGUUGCUUCAGCGCAUGUUGACGCCAGGGGAUCCAUUCGGCUCAAACGCUCUACCGCUGGAGGCAAUGUGGCCGCGAAAACACUGACGAAGAGCUUGGAUAGUCGUAGAAAUAGCUCUGCAUCCAAAAAAGGCACACCUGCUCCGCCCCUGGUUGCAACGGAGUCGGUCGGGGACAGCGUGCAGCCCGCAGACGCUGAUGCUAGCUUACAAACGCGGGAGUCCGCGCCCAUGUAUGAUGAGGCCGCUGAACGAGUUCGGCGUGUUGGCGGGUUACCGUCGACAUCGCCUAUGUCUCCAGCAGCGCCACCAGAGGCAGAUAACUUGCACUCUGGUGACUCCUCACCGAGCAAGCAAUCAUCCAGACUGAGGCCAUGGGAGAAGAUCUGGUCCCUUGAUUAUCGGCUAGAGGGGAGUAAACAAUGA